AACUGAAAAGAUUCCCUGUCAAUACAUAUUGGUUGAUAUACAGAUUGAUUUGUAUCAGUUUAUACCUUUUACCUUAUUGUAUUCAUCAUCUCUUUCUUUUCUCUCUUACUUUUUGUUCACCUUCACCAUCACACUCAUCAUCACGUUCAGUGACAAAAUCAUCCUUAUCAUCAUUAUCACCAUUGGUACUUCCAUAAUAUCAUCAUCUUUUGACCCUUUCCAACACAAACAGCAAGAAACAUUGCCAUGACUAGUUUGCUUUAUUUCAAACUUUAAUCCAAACAACAAUAACAAUAGUAAUUUUUAUUAAUUUAAGUGUUAAAUAGCAACAAUAAACUAGUAAUAAUCAUCAACAUAAUUGUAUCAUAUUGUAAUAAUAAUACAAAAAAUAUAUCAACAAUUUCCUCUCAAAAUUUAAACACUUCAAUGUUUACAAUCUUUGACUAUUUAUUUCUGUUUUUAUACUCUACAAGCUGUGUUAAGUGAAAUCUUGGUAACAAUAAUUUUAAUUGCUGCGAUUUUCUGGUUCUGGUAACCUAACUCUUACUUAAUUAUCCUUAAAACUCUUGAUCUUAACUAUUCUGAUGAUAUCUAAUUAUUCUUUGGAUGAUAAAGAUGGUUCAGAUCAUUCACAAAAAACUGCAACUCGGCAUUCUGUUAUUCAACGGAAAAGGUCUUUCUAUGGUGACAACUCUAGGGAUCAACAACGCCAAUCGGGAACCAAUCAAAUGUCUAAUGAUCAAAAAGUUUGGUUGUCACAAUUAAAAGUUAAACAUCGAAGUCUUGCAAACAAAUUGGAGAAUCAAAAAAGACAGCUGACAACGAUUCAUAAUCAACUAAUUUACUUUGACCUAUCCAAAUCGGAUUGGAUUCAACAGAUACCCUCAUUAAAGGAAUUGGCUUUCAAUCAAUGGGAAGAGCUGCUGGCUUUACGCCGCGACUGUGAUGAAAUUAAAAACCGUUUCUUCCAUUCAGACAAAAAUGUAUCUUCAUCGUCUUCAUCAUCAUCAUCGUCAUUUUCCAGUAGCUCAAAGAGAGCCUCAACCACAUCAGUCUUUUCGACGAGUGCUCGAUCAAAUCAAGAACAAAAUGAUCCAACCUCUAUUGAUGACCUAUCGAGAUGUCUAUCUAUGAAUAGCUCCAAUGCUUUUGGUAAUUUAUGGUCAACAGCCGGAUCUGAAAAGAGUUCAAUCAAUGGUGAUAUUAAUAAUUAUAAUGGUGGACGGUGUUGCUCUGAAUCUUCAUCUGAACCACGGACGGUCAAACAAGAAGUAAAUGAAAAUAUUGAUAAAAUACCGUCGCCAUCACAUGGAUCCUCUUUGACUCCAUUAAAUAAAUCACCAGCUGUUGUACCAAUCACUGUAAGUACCAGCCACAACAAUUCAAAUACACUUGACUCUUCAGAUUACUCCAACAAUUUAACACCAUUAAAUAGACAAACCCCAAUCACUUCAGACCGAUCUGAUUACUAUACUAAUGAACUCAAAACAAUAAUCGCAGCAACAAACCAUGUAACAAAUUUAACAGGACCAUGGAAAACAAAUGGAGUGAAUGAAUCUGAUCCCGCUUUUUCUUCACCAACAAACUAUAAUCAAAAUAUUGAGCUAACCAAUGGAGUUAACCAUGGAUCAAAUGGAAUGGCCAAUGAUUUAAUGGUCAACAGUCCAAUCCCCUCUGGACCAGAAAUGUCUAUAAAUACGGACGAAUCAUCCUCUUUUUCAAAUGGGUUAUCCAACUAUGUCCACCCAGCAAGCAAAGACCAGAUUUCCCAGCAACCUUACCCUUCUCAUAAUCCUACUUUUCCUCCACCUCAUCGUCGUUGGUCACCCUCAACUGAUUCAUCAAUGGGUGCUAUGCCUAUCUCCCUUUUUUCAACAACCAAAGGCUACAAUCGUCAUCCAGUCCCUGGUACAUCAUCAUCAUCAUCUUCCUCUUCUUCUUCCUCUUCUUGUUAUUUUUUUCCCGCCAAGUCAAAUGGGUACACUUUGAAUGGCUGGUUAGGAUCGGAAUCGUCUGAAUCACAAACAUCGAGUGAAAAUUGUUAUGAAAAUAUUUCUGAUGGAUUUGACCAUUGUUCAACCCCUAUAUCAUCUAAUGGUCAUAGCUCGCUGGAUCGUCGUCAAAUGUCUGGAUCAAUCAAUGGUAAUGCAUCUGAAGUGGAAAAUAAUGUUAAUGGUCAAAUUCACGGCGCCAAUGACGGAACAAAUGGUCUUACAAACGAAUCCUUCUGUGAAGCUUUCUCUUCAACUGGAUGCUCUCCAUACCCUUUCUCGUAUCUCUCAAUGACCCCUAAUUUUGGUUCAUUAGGUUCAAAUAUAAUACAAAAAGGUUCACCAUACAUCAACCAUACUUCAAAUCGAUCAACAUCUGAUUGCUCAGCUAAUUCUGAACUCUCUUUUCUUGGACGCGAUAUUAUAUCAAAUUCACCUCAUCAUGGCUCUAAUUAGCUAACAUUCUGAAAUCGCACUCGUUAUUGACCGUUUCAUGUUAGUUAUUGAUAUUUGUAUUGUUAUACGUAACCUAAUCUUUAAUUUUGACAACUGUGAAAACCAAUUCAAGUAAUACACCUUUUUUCACCAGCUCAGUCUCUUGUAAUGACAUAUUUUUGAUCAAAAUAAGUUGAUCAAUAAUUUGCACAAAGAUAUUAAAAUUUGUGCCCUCAACUGUUAUUAAAUUUGACUAGUCCAUUGAAAAAAGUGAAAAACUCUAAGUCUAUUAAUAUCUAAAAACAUUGAUCAUGUGGUUCAAUCAGAAUCUAUCGAGACAAUAUCAAGGCAGUAAAAUUCCCAAUACUCCUCUUGAAUACUCGAGGUAACAUUUUCAGUCAGCAAAUUUACUAAUUUAGUUUGACUUUUGAAUUGGUCUCUCUCUCUAAUUUACUUCCCUAAUAUGCUACUAAAUCACUAAUCCUCAUGUUUAAUCACAAUUGAACUUGUCAAAAAAAAUUGUAUCCAAAUGUUACUUGAUUUGGCCAAAUAAUUUCUCCUAAGAAUGUUCCUCAAAACCUGUGAUUAUUGAAUACAAUUUAAAUCACCAUUAUAUCUCAAGUUAACUCUUGUUAACCAUCCAGAAUACUUCAAACAAUCAACUAAAAUUGUUACAAUUCUCUCAAUUUACUGUAAUUAUUUGUUUUCCAAUCCCCCUGCAAAAUUAAAUAAACUAAAAUCGUCUUGAA